AUGGAUUCUGGUACCCUCGUCGGAGUUCUUCGUUCUUGUCGAGCAGUCUACGACCAAGACCAUCAACAUCUCUCCCCCGAAGAGCGUGAAGCAGGUUGGUCCCGAUAUUGGGAUUCCAUCGGCGCCGCCGUAAAGGGCUCCCGGUCGACUCAAGAAUAUGGUACCUCUGUUCCCCAGAAACGAACCGCGUCCAGUGCGGAGGCUGUUGGUAUGGAGCCCGCUACCAAACGUCCUGGCCAUGCGUCCUUGGCAUCUUCGGCUCCCGCGGUUCCUUUCCUCGAGCGACAAUUCUCAGAGCCUGUUGGUCUAUCUCCCUCACAGAAUCAUCCAGGUCGACCUCCAGCGCGUCCCUCGCCUCCUGUUCAGACUUCGGCGACGACUGGACCCGUUCCCAUCCCUCGCCGCCACGGUGGACAACGACGGAUGUCCAACACUGCGUCCUCCCCUAAUCGAUUCAACGGAUCCAACCUCACUUUCAUCAAAGAAGUGCAAGACAUGUCACCGACCGACUAUCUCGCCAAAUCCCCAGAGGAGUAUCGGACGCCGACGAUCUCGUUGACGCCUCCGAAAAUGGUGGAGCGCGGUGAGUUGCCUACCAAGCACGUCUCUCAGCUCACAUCACCGUAUACUUCAGCAAUAGAGUCACCGGAGGGGUAUACCCGGAUGACGACUACUAGUGAUUCGAGUCUGACGUCUACGACAACCGUGUUGUCGGAGCCCAUGACUCGAACGAACACAAAUGAUGUUCUCUGUGAAGGGUUUGGGAUGUUUCGCAUGGAUUCAGUGUCCAUGUUGAAAGGUCUCAAAGCCUCCGAGAUGCUUACAUCGGAGUUUUCUCCAGCUUCCGAUGCUGUUGAUUCAGCUCCUUAUUUUUCUUUUUCUUCUGUUGUAACCGAUUCUGGUUACAACGGUCUUUCGCAGUUGUCUUUUCCUGAUAAUGAGUUUCAUUCAUCGUCGUCUCCUUCUAGUUGUGAGAUGAAGAAUUCUCCCUCUUGUGGGAGCAAUGCUUCGUCUAUUUCUAUUUUGUCUGAGUCUCCGUUGUCCGCUCGAGGGCUUCCACAGGAAGCGGUUCCUCGUAGCAGUAACGCACCUUCACGACCUUUGGCUCCGAAGAUGGAUCGUGCCGCCAACACAUCCUCAUCGGAUGCCGAGCUACCAGAACCAAAGCUUAUUGCCGUCCAAGGCGAAGACGGUACCGUAAAGCACAAAGCAGAGAUCACCCGCACCGUUCGCCGACAACCACCUCGUAAGACGACAUUCUGUCGAUUCUGUAACGAUCAACCGCAGGGCUUUCAUGGUGACCACGAACUCCGCCGACACAUUGAUCGCCACCACGCCCAGGUUCGAAGAGUUUGGAUCUGCAAAGACGCCUCGGCGGACGGGACUUUCUUGUCCAACUGUAAGGCAUGUCGCACCCGCAAGACUUACGGCGCCAACUAUAACGCUGCCGCCCACCUCCGUCGGGCACACUUCAACCCGUGUAAGAACCGACGUGGUGGCCGUGGCAAGAAGAGUGAAGGCCGCGGCGGUAUGGGUGGUGGGAACUAUCCUCCUAUGGAGGUGCUCAAGAACUGGAUGUAUGAAGAGUUGGAGAUGAACGUCAAUGGCCGAGUCGUAGUUCAAGACAUUGUUCCCGACACUACCUUUCACCCUGCAGCAGUCAACGAGCUCGUCAAUUGUGGCUCGAACAACGUGACCGCUCGCGACUUCAAUCUCGACGGCGACAUGUCCCAACCGGGCAUGCCGAUGUACGAUAUCAUGCAGGAACCACUCUUCUACGAAAAUGGACUUCAUCUCAACUAUGUCAACGCCGCCCUGUCACCGAAUGUUGCCUACAAUCCGAACAGCUACGUGGUUCCUGACGACCCUCCCUUCUUCUAA